CAUUUGCACUGUCGUGGUUUUUUGCUAACAAACGUCACAAGUGCUCGUUGCGUUCCGUCAUUCUCUUCAUAUUUCACUUGAAAUAUCGAAUUAGAUUGUUGCCGGCAUACAUUCGCCGUUGUCUCAGAAAUACCUUAAGAAAAUACGUAAUCCAUGAAUUGCAUUUUCGUCGUGUACACGCGCUUCUAACGUUUAAUUCGUACGCAAUCCGCGGUUACAGGCGAGUUGAAUCAUCGGCUCGUUCGCGUUGCGCGCAGUGUUUUGUCCCGCGAAACGUCCGGUUUCGCUGUGAAUUUCAGUGAAAAAUGACAAUUUCGCGAGUGUAAUUUGUUCUAAAUUGGAGUUGUGCAGUCUGUGUAUAUGAUUGUGUGAAAAUUCAGGUUCGUAUGCAAAAUGGAAGUGCAUAGUUCGGAAUCGAAAUCAAACGCAACGGCGGUGGCUGGGUCGACAACAACAGGAACCGGGGAGGCGACGAAGCAGAAGGAAAAUGAGAACGGCAAUGGAGCUACGACGGCCGUGGUGGCUGCAAAUUCCACCGUCGAUGAUUCAAAAGUUCGCACAGUUGGAGCCAAAGCUUCCUUUCAAGGUUCCAGUUUCGCAGAAUCGUCUCCAUCAGGAGCGGGUAUGUUGCUCCUGGAAGAGUCAACGAUGGAGACUAUGCCGCAAUAUUGUCACCAACUAUUCGCCUCAAUCGCUUCAAGUCAACCAUCGCAAAUCGAUUUAUUGAUGAUUCUAAUCUAUUCUGUGGCGUUGGAGUCUGGCUUUGCUUUGAGCAGAGUUGUAGCCGAAGCGGACCUCGAUUCCACAUAUUGGGGGUCGAUAUUCCAUGCCAAGAAUGUGGACAAACUGUCGAAACUUUCAACUGGUCUGAGCAGCAACACCGAGAACUUCUCACUUAGGCUAUCACUUUAUAAGUUUCCCGGAGCAGUGGACUCAAGGCUGGUUGGAAUACAGAGCGGUGAUUCAUUCAUUGUGACGAUAACGCCUGACAACGAUUCCCCUGGAUAUAGCCUGUGCCUGUCACUACCGAGAUAUGUCCUGUAUUCAGUGAAAUCACGAAAUAUUGCCGCCAGAUUCCAGAACUUGAAGGAGCUCGCUUUUAUUUUGAAGGAAUACAUAUUCUGCCCAGCGCGAAUAGAUCUACUCGAAUUGUGCGAAGUGGAUGCCUAUGUGGGGCUGGGUGGAAUCCCAGAAGAAAUAAUUUUUUUAAUCUUAAGCAAACUUAAAAUAAAAGAUAUUCAGAGUUUAUCGAAAACUUCACAGAAGAUGAGAUAUUUUUGUGAAAAUUAUCGUAGGAUAUUGUCAAUGAACUCUUCGAAUAGGAGAGAUUCGAGUACGAGUGGAGUUCCCAGUUCAGCUAGCAUUGGUUUCUUUCGGCGGAUUACUGAUGACUAUUAAGGGGUUUUGUAUUUAUUUUGGGAUUUGUGAACUGUGUUUUUUAUAUAAGAAUAAAUGAAUGCAUUUUGUAAA